AGAACAUUAUUUUGUACAAAGCAUGUACAAAACUAUUUAAUAAACACUGUGGCGCGCCCACUGAAUUAUUUUUUCGUUGGAGGGAGGGCGCCGUUAAUUGUUGCGUUCUUCGCACACAUUGUGAAUAUAGAAUGAGUGCUAACGGGACAGUGUUGAUUCUAUUAAACCUACAUCGCUUCAUCUUUUGGAAAGAUAGAGUGAAAUGCCUGAGCCAACUUGGGUUUUUAGUACACUUCAUGGUGAUAUGGAGGCCAUUAUUAAAGAUGCCCUUAACACAGUAACUUUCAAGGCUGCUGGAAAGGGCGGUGGUGGCUGUAUAAACGAAGGCGAAGCAUAUUUUACAGAUACUGGAACUGUUUUUGUUAAACAAAAUAGGAAGUCUCAGGCGAGGCUGAUGUUUGAUGGUGAAUUAGAGAGCCUUAAAACUAUAGCAGCAACUAAUACAGUGCGUGUUCCACAACCUAUUGUGGUCUUAGACAAUCCUCGUGGUGGAUCUGUCUUAGUUUUAGAGUAUGUUGACAUGAAAACAUUAAGCAAAUUCUCAAAGCAGCUUGGACAACAACUGGCCAGAUUGCAUUUACAUAACAGUGAACUAAAGACAAAGGCAUCACAAGGUUUUGUGGGACAGGAGGAAAAUGUUUCUUAUGUCGAAAAAUUUGGAUUUCAUGUGACCACCUGCUGUGGCUACAUUCCUUUAGAAAAUGAAUGGUGCAGUGACUGGCCAACAUUCUUUGCAAGAAAUAGACUUGACCAUCAAGUCAGGCUUGUUGAGAAAAAUUGUGGAGAUCCUGAAGUACGAGAGCUGUGGUCAGAGCUCCAGCUGAAGAUUCCGAAGUUUUUUGAAGGUUUGGAUAUUCAGCCAGCCUUACUGCAUGGUGAUCUAUGGGGUGGCAAUAUAGCAGAAACUGCAACUGGUCCAGUUAUAUUUGAUCCAGCAUCAUUUUAUGGACAUCACGAGUUUGAACUAGGCAUUGCUCGAAUGUUUGGAGGAUUCAGCCAAGCUUUUUAUGAUGCAUACUUUGAUGUAAUCCCUAAAGCACCUGGGUUUGAGACAAGGAAUAAACUGUACCUACUGUUUAAUUAUCUGAAUCACUGGUACCCCAGACUGAAGAUGAAUGGAGGGGUAUAAUGAAGAACUCUGGGAUUCAAUGGAAUUUCCAUGCUUUGGUGCAGUGGAUGGGGAAUAUGUGAUAAAAAUGUCUACCAAAGAGCGUUUCUCAGUUCCAUAAUUACAAGCACAUCUUCAGCAUUGUUCCCUUCACAAUACGUGAAGCAGGAAGGGUAUGUGAUGGUCAUAUUUUUGCAAACAGUACUCUAAAAUCAGUAACACAGUCGAGAACUCUUGGCCUGCCAGAAGAUGCAGUUUUAGUUAAUAAUCACACGCUUCUGUUAUCACCACAUUUAAGAAAGCCUUUUCCAAAGGCUGUAUAUUCAAUUACAGACUUUUGAGGGCUCACCUUGUUGUGGAAUUCUGGUUUUCAAGUUGUGUGCUUCUGAAAAGUCAAUAUUGCUUUGACCAUAAAUAGUGAAAAAAUUGUCAGUCACAUGUGCAGUAAUAACUAGCAGAGAAAAACAACUCUCCAACAAUAUGUACAGUCACAACUGAUGUACCAGGAGAAUGCAGGAAGUGGAGUUUACCAGCCAGGAACAUGGUGAAGCAUAAGUGCUCAGGGCUGAUAACUGCAAGCUGGCAGCAAUAAUUAUUCAGAGCAGGAAGAGAAUGGUUUGCAAACUACUUUAUUGCAGAUGGAUGUGUACUGUGGCAACAUUUUAGUU